GUGUGGUAUCCCUGCACGCGCCUGACAGAGGAGACAGGAUCUGACAUCUUCUGGAUCGACUGCAUGAGUGUGAACAGAAAUCUCACCCAGAUAAAGGAUUACUGAUGUGAUAUCUGAUGGAUUUGUGACUGCUAAGGAGGUUGCUCCAUGGAGCUGCAGUCGUCCUGUUAAAUGAGGCGGUCAUGGAGAAGAGCAGCAGCUGGGGAUUACAUGUAUUCGAGCUUUUCUUACUCGUCUUGCUCUCGGGUUAUCCGUUAUGUUGUCACGGAAGCUGGAUGUGGCUGGGCAUCACGUCUGUCGGAGUAGUGGAGAAGAUGGGCUGUGCGAAUUUGCCUCUGUCCAGCAAGCAGAAGGACGUGUGUAAGCGGAAACCAUACCUGCUUCCCAGCAUUAAAGACGGAGCGCGUCUGGGCAUCGCAGAGUGUCAGUCCCAGUUCAGACAUGAGCGCUGGAACUGCAGCACCAGUAAACAGCCGUCUGUGUUCGGCUACGAGCUCAACAGUGGAACGAAAGAGACAGCGUUCAUCUACGCUAUCAUGGCAGCAGGGCUGGUCCACUCAGUCACCCGGGCCUGCAGUGCAGGGAACAUGACCGAGUGCUCGUGUGACACCACACUAACAGGCAGCGGCUCACAAACCGAGGGCUGGCACUGGGGCGGCUGCUCGGAUGACAUCGCCUAUGGGACGUGGUUCAGUCGCCGGUUUAUUGACCAUGCAACAAAGAACACUUCUACACAAGGAGAUGAGGCUAUGCUCAUAAUGAACCAGCACAACAGCGAGGCAGGGAGACAGGCUGUAGCAAAGACGAUGUGGACGGACUGCCGCUGUCAUGGCGUCUCAGGCUCCUGUGCUGUAAAGACAUGCUGGAAGACCAUGGCAUCCUUUGCGCGUGUAGGCAACUACCUAAAGGACCGUUAUGAGAACAGCGUACAGGUGCUAGACCGCACCAAGCGCAAGUUCCGUCGCAAGGAAAAGGAACAAAGGCACGUGCCCAUCGGACGGGAGGAGCUCAUCUUCCUCAACAAGUCACCCAAUUAUUGUGUGGAGGACAGGCGGUUGGGCGUGGCCGGGACUCGGGGGCGCCGGUGCAACCGCACAUCUGCCGGGCCAGACGGCUGCAACCUGCUAUGCUGCGGUCGUGGAUACAACACACACGUGGUGCGUCAUGUGGAGCGCUGCGAGUGCAAGUUCAUCUGGUGCUGCUACGUGCGCUGCCGUCGCUGCGAAACCAUGAACGACAUUCACACAUGCAAGUGAAGGGACGAGCCGAGGACAGGGAAAUAUGAGGAGAGAUAGAAAGAGGUGAAGUGAAGUUUGACUGGGGAAGUAGAGAUGAUAUGGGUUGUACUUCCACUUCCUUUCCUGUACCUCUUUGAGUUUCAUCUGUCUCAAAGGCUUUGAUCAGUGGCGCCUUCACUUGCUUGAGCAGUUGGAUGGAUUCUCAGGAAGUUGAUGAAGUGUUACUGUGAGAACUGACGACCGAAGUGGCUUUGUGACAAGAGGGAUAAUCUUCUAAUAAACUGUUUCCCUUAUAAGCCACAAACGCAAAAACAGAUUAUGGACAUCAUAGCCAAGACGACAGAGAAUCCAAAAAAUAAAAAUUAAAAAAACUCUGGGAUGCAAUGAGGAUUGGAUUCUAAAGUGGGAUCAAGUCUGAAUAAAUUCAGAUUAUGGUCAAUUGUGUCUGUUAAUAUUCAUCUAGAUAUUAAUUCAGUCUUGAAUUAUACUCUUAAAAAUGUUUAAAUUCUUUGACUUUUCCUUAAAGUAGAUGCUGUAAUAGAGUGCUUAUCUAUCAGAGAAGCUAAAGAAUCAAAAGGUACUUAAAAAAACGCCAUUAUCAUGCUUAUGUUAACUUAUGAGUAGUUUAAAAUGCUUAUAUAAUGUAAAUAGUCUACUAAAUAAUGUGGCUUUUCCAAAGAUAUACACUAUUACUACUUCUUGGGUAACCCUUAAAAGUUCUUAGUAGAACUUUAGUACAGAGUGUUGUCCUUUUUGUAAAAGGUUCCCAGUAGAACAAUUAACAAUGCAAAGAACAAUUAAAGAAACUUUUUUCUAAGAUAAAUUUUUCCCUGCUGGAAAAACCAAUCCGAAUCCAGAACCGUUACAUUCUUCAUGUUGUCCUUCUAGGGAAUGCUUUGAAAUUUCUAUUUUCUAACAGGUGAACUUCAGAAAGGUAGAAAGCCAUUAAUCAUCUGAACAAUCACUUCAGAACUGUUUUUAAGCCAAGUACAAUGGAAAAAAAAAGUUCCACAUCCAUCAUUGAGUAUUAUUCUUCUGUCUUGUCUUUCUGGGAGAACCCUUAACCAUUCUACUGUAUGUACAGCUAUUUAGCAGGGAGAUAUUGCUAUUAACCAUUUUGGCAUAUAGUGUUCUUCAGUAUUGUCCUUCUGGGUGACAGCUAGAAGUUUCUAAACAACACCACAGAACCUGAUUUUUCAAGUCAUGUACAAUCUUAAGAGUUCCUUCUUCCUACUAUAACCAUCUGUCCUGCAGAACUGCUUUAGAAACCUAGAACCAUAUGGCAUCCAAACAGAACCAUGUUUUUUUUCUAGGCCAGAGUUAAAAAUAAGCUAAAUGUGUUAAAAAUACAGAACUUCAGUCUUCUGGGAACACUCUUUUCUUUCUAAAACCAUGUAACGGUGCUCUCAAAUUCCCAAAAGGUUCAAAUUAGAAGUGCCUUAGCAAGCUAGAACCAACCAAAGCAAUUUGGAACCCUCCAAAACCAGUACAAUCUUAGAGAAGAAACGAUUAAAUCUAUCUCAGUAUAGGUUUCUUUGGUUUUUGUCUCUCUGGGUGAAACCUUAAAGGUUCUAUCAUCUAACUCUACCAGUUUGUCUCACUUUCAUAAAAGCUUCCCAGUAAAUAUGCAUUAGAGAGUUAGAGCCAUUUAGCAUCCAGUUAAAUCGAUUAUUGUAUUGGUUUCUUUGGUCUUGUCUCUCUAAGAGAAACCUUAAAGGUUCUUAUCUUAAACUCUACCAGUGUGUCUCACUUUCAUAAAAUUAGAGCUACAUUAAGGUUUAAGGCUACAUUAAGAAAAAAAAAGAGUUAAAUCUAUUACUGUAUAGGGUUCUUGGUUCUUGUCCUUCUGGGUGAAACUGGGUGAAAAGGUUCUAUCUAAAACCCUCUUAUGGAGUGUCUUGCUUUGACAAAAGAUUCCAAGUGCCUUAGAGUGAUAGAACCAUGAUCCAUCCAAACAAAACAGAGAGAAAAAUCAGUCUUGGCUUUCUGAGAGAACAUUUUAAAGUUCACUAGAACAAAUUGGUUCCCUUUCAAAAAUGGUCGCCUUUAGAAAUCUAGAACUGAUCCAAAGAAUAUGUGAAAUGGUUUUUUUAAUACUUUUUAUGUAGUAUGUAGAGCUAGGGGAAGAACUGAAGUCCUUGUACAUUUUAAAUGACCUCUUUAGACUCCAGGCCCAUUUGGAUAAUGAUGUAAUAACUUUCUGAUGAUGUCUGCUUCUUUUACCCCACUCCUUGUUAUAUUUGUGCCUCUGAAGAAACCCUUAGAGGAUUUGUGUAAGUAUGCUUCUCUUCAGCAAAGUUUGCAAGCCCAAUAUCUAAGCAACCAGCAAAUCAACCAACCAAAGAACUCUUGAGGAACCCUUUCUUUAAGUAAAGUGUAUACAUAGCUUCUGUGCUCUUAGCCUGUUCCAUACACUGUCUUCCUCAACAAGAAGUCAUGAUUUGUUAAAAGUCACAAACAUGUGCCAAAUACCACAAGUUUUUUCGUUUAAAAUGGCCCUAAAAAGCUAACGCAAGUGACACUUUAGCGCAAGUGACACUUUGUUAGAGCUUCCUAAAGGCUCUUACUGAACACACUGGCAGCUGCUUAUUGUCUUACACAUUUGAAUGCACUUGUGAGGGAAUUUUGUCUGUCUUUGCUUUGUCCAAACUGCUUCAGCCAUCUUCUGUCAGGAAGCCUUGUGUCAAAAGGAAAUUGCUGUGGUGCUCCAGAGUAAACAAUAAACUCCAACUUUGUUUGUAAAAACGUUUUCACCUGCAGUCCAAUAAAUCGUUUCAUUUG